CAGAGGCGGCGGGGGCUCGGGCGCCGGGCCUCUCCUGCCCGCAGCCGGCUGGGGUGAAAUCCGGUGCCGGGGCGGGGCAGGCCCCGGCCGCCCAGUUCCUGAUUUUCUAAGCGGUGCCCCGGGCGCGGGGCGCCACAGGCGCGGGCACCGCGGGCGGCGCAGGAUGGGCCCGCGCAGCGCGGCGAGUCCGCCCGGAGGCCCCGGGCCGCGGCGGCCGCUGUCCCCCGCCGUCCUGCCGCUGGGGCUGCUGCUGCUGCUGCUGCUGCCGCCGCCCGGCGUGGGCUCCGGGGCCGGCCGGCCGCCCCACCUCGUCUUCGUGCUGGCGGACGACCUGGGCUGGAACGACGUGGGCUUCCACGGCUCGGAAAUCCGCACGCCGCACCUGGACGCGCUGGCGGCCGGCGGGGUGCUGCUGGACAACUACUACGCGCAGCCGCUGUGCACGCCGUCGCGGAGCCAGCUGCUCACCGGCCGCUACCAGAUCCACACAGGUUUACAGCAUCAAAUAAUCUGGCCCUGUCAACCCAGCUGUGUUCCUCUGGAUGAAAAACUCCUGCCCCAGCUUCUAAAAGAAGCAGGCUAUGCUACCCAUAUGGUUGGAAAAUGGCACCUGGGAAUGUACCGGAAAGAAUGUCUUCCAACCCGCCGAGGAUUUGAUACCUACUUUGGAUAUCUUCUAGGUAGUGAAGAUUACUAUUCCCAUGAGCGCUGUACGUUAAUCGAUCCUCUGAAUGUCACACGAUGUGCUCUUGAUUUUCGAGAUGGUGAAGAAGUUGCAACAGGAUAUAAAAACAUGUAUUCAACAAAUGUGUUUACUGAAAGGGCUACAACCCUCAUAACUAACCACCCCCCAGAGAAGCCUCUGUUUCUCUACCUUGCUCUCCAGUCUGUCCACGAGCCCCUUCAGGUCCCCGAGGCAUACCUGAAACCAUAUGACUUUAUCCAAGAUAAGCAUAGGCAUUACUAUGCCGGAAUGGUGUCCCUUAUGGAUGAAGCAGUGGGAAAUGUCACCGCAGCCUUAAAAAGCCGUGGGCUCUGGAACAACACGGUGUUCAUCUUCUCCACAGAUAACGGCGGGCAGACCUUGGCCGGGGGCAAUAACUGGCCCCUUCGAGGAAGAAAGUGGAGCCUGUGGGAAGGAGGCGUGCGCGGGGUGGGCUUGGUGGCCGGCCCCUUGCUGAAACGGAGAGGCGUGAAGACCCGGGAGCUCAUCCACAUUUCCGACUGGCUGCCCACCCUGGUGAAGCUGGCCAGGGGCAGCACAGGUGGCACCAAGCCUCUGGAUGGCUUCGACGUGUGGAAAACCAUCAGUGAAGGAAGCCCGUCCCCCAGAAUGGAGCUGCUGCACAAUAUCGACCCAGACUUUGUCGAUGUUUCACCGUGUCCUGGAAGCAGCAUGGCUCCAGCAAAGGAGGAUUCUUCCCUUCCAGAAUAUUCAGCCUUCAACACAUCUGUCCACGCUGCCAUUAGACACAGGAACUGGAAACUCCUCACGGGCUACCCAGGCUGUGGUUACUGGUUUCCUCCACCAUCUCAAUAUAAUGUUUCUGUGAUACCCUCCUCGGACCCACCGACCAAGACCUUCUGGCUCUUUGACAUUGAUCGAGACCCAGAGGAAAGGCAUGACCUGUCAAGAGAAUACCCCCAUAUCGUCAAGCAGCUCCUUUCCCGUCUGCAGUUCUACCAGAAACACUCAGUGCCCGUGUACUUCCCAGCACAAGAUCCGCGCUGUGAUCCCAAGGCCACUGGGGCUUGGGGCCCUUGGAUGUAGGAUUUCAGGCUGCCUAGGGGGCAGCUAGAAAACCUUUCUGUUGCAAGUUGGACUUCAGGCCUUUACUUGUGUGACUUUUGUCUCAUUUGUUCUCCCAACCUGGGUUCACCUGGCCCUCACAACACUGCGGUGUCUAAUUUCAACCUCUAGUACAUUCAAGACGCUGAUGAAAUCUCAACACUUCUGCUGUUGACUGGGGCGUGUGUUUAGAGGAGAGGGUGACUGGGUUCGUCCCCUUUUCCCUGCGCUGUGGGACAGCUGGGAACUUGAUUCGAAAGAGGAAGUUACUGAGUCUUGGAGGCUGGAGCAGCUGGUUCUUUUUGCCUCACAAGUCAGAUGUGAGAUUUCCCUCUGCCAAUAGCCGGGUUUUAUUGGAGUGAUUCACAUUUCUUGUAACAAAUGAAAGGGUCAGACAGUUGUUAAUGGUUCUGUUGGCCAGGGUUCUCCCUGUCUGUGAGCGAUCGGGUUCAGGCAUCCCAUGUGAACAACCUGCCUUGGUUCACCCCUCACUCACAUGUCAUCGCUGACCUCGUCACUCAUCCUGUAGUGGAACAUAAGGCCCCUUUUGUUAUUAAGGUCAGUGUGGCAAUACGCCUACUCCUUGGUUUUGGUUUUUCCAAUAAAGAAAUGUGUUUUUAUCCCCAGUCUUUCCCCAGCCAUUGCUCAUCUUGUCUGGACUGCCUGCUACCCCCUCUCCCUUUGUGGUUCUUUCUCUACGCUUUCUUCUGACUCAGAUGUCCCGUGCCUGGGAAGGCGGCUUUGCUUCUCCACUAUGAGCACUGGUUUUGGGAAGACUGCUGAGGCCUGCCUUCCUUUUGCCCCUGAUGCUGAAGCUAGAGCCCUGGCCAGAGAAGGCGGUGAGUCUGGCUCUGUGGGUUUUCUCAAGGCAGCACUUGGGUCUCUGUCAUCUGCUUGGUGACGUCUUUUUCUAGUGCAUGGAGUUUAUUCUCAUGAUUGUGGCUAUGUCUCAUAACAUACUGAGUUGCACUGCUCUUCCCGAGCAGUGAGGAGAAACCUCGGGACAGGAUAAUAUGGUCUUAAGAUGACGCAGGUGGGCAAUUUGAAAAAGAAAACGGCCGGCAUCCGGGAUACUGGGCCUUGGUAACACACAAGAAGGCACCUCCACGUUUCUCUUAUUCUCUCAGUUUUACUGCUUGUAUUGAGGUUCUGAGGUUGGGGAAAGAGGAUAUACCGUUUGACCUGCCAGCUCUUUCUCAGCCCCACCAAUGUCCUACUAAUGUGGACCAGUCCAGAUUAGCUCCAAAGAGUGUCAGACUCAGAGAAAUAUGUCCAAAAACUAUAUUCUUUUUCGCAUUAGUUCCACUGUUUCAUUCACUGCUUAUCACCAAUGCCUCAAGCAGUGCCUGGUAGAUAGAAGACACUCAAUACACUUUUAAGAAAAUAAAUGAAUGAAUGAACAAAAGUCCCACACCAUGGAAGGUGCUAGUCCAAUGAGCUGAAUACAGGGCUGAAUAUAAAUAUCUUCCAACCGUCGCUUUUCUGUUCUCAAGCUGCCCUCCUGGGGUAGGAGCACAGUCUGCCUAUCUUGGAAGUCUAGGACACGCCAUAGUGAAGUAGUCCUCUCAGAGGGCGAGGGAGAGAAAUAUGCCUACUGAAGAUGCUCUUCUGCCAGUAAUCCUCAGUUUUCUUCUGCAGAGAACACUAGAAACUAAAACCACCAAACAUGGUGUAGGUCAUGGUACAGCCAUCCUUCAAUUCAGUGGCACUAUUCUCUGGUGACGAUUUACUUGUAUUAAAAUACGAUGAUUGGAAAGAAAUGGUGCUAGAACUAAUGACACCUGUUACCAACCUGUGCCCCACUCCUGGGCUGGCAUGCAGCUGGCCAAAGUGCUCCUAACUUUCAUUCCCAAGCCUGUGGCAGAUAUUAUGAACUAACUGAUCAUAAUAUCAUGAUAUCCUUCUGGAUCCUUCUAACCCCGGGGCUGAAGGUACCAUUAAUACGAUAAGAUUGGAGGCCAUCACUACAUGACAGCUGUUUGCUCCCCGGGCUGUUCCAGCAGUUAUUCCCAGUUCUGGUUCCUUGAUUGCUGUAUACAAUGUGGAUGUUCUGCACUUGAUGGCCUCAAAAGGAAUUUUAAAGACUGGUUUUUUGGUUAAAAAUUUCUAUUUGAGAUUUUAUGUUAUCCAUAAUAGAAUAUACUCAUUGAAUUUUCUUAUUCUAUACAAGAAUGUGAACAGAUUCAUAUGUUGUCAGAAGUAUUAAUGGUAUUUCUUUCUGAUUUUGUUUACCUUUAAAGAACUGUUUUGUUUAUUUAAUUGUUUUUCUUCUUACUACCUGAUUGUUCCAGAUUCAGAGAACAAAAAAAUUUAUCUUGGAAAAUGUGUCAGCUGUGAGGAUGGGGUUUCCAUUUGGGAGAAGAAAAAGGUCUGGAACUAGACAGUGGUUAUGGUUGCACAACAUCGUGAAUGUACUUAAUGCCUCUGAAUUGUACACUUGAAAAUGGUUAAAAUGAUUAAUUUUAAGUUGUAUAGUUUUUAACUGCAAUUUCAAAAAUGCGUUGGCCCAUUUUGUGGUAUGUGAAUUAUAACUCAAGAAAGCUAUUAAAUAAACAAAUAUAGCAAAAAAUA